AUGUUGAAUUUAUUACUGAACCGAGCCCGGCGCCCAGUGACGUUGGUCGGAAUCGCCUUCAUCUUGAGUACUUUCCUGCUAUUGGUGAUAACCCCUCCCGGUCCAGAGGUCCUCAAGAAGCCAUGGACAACAAGUCGCAUUGUUCAGUCAUCUGGGAACCAGAACCGGAAUGAUACAACGGCGAAUCUCUCUCUUACUGCGGAUAGAAAGAUACACAUCCUGCUGCCAGCCACAAAGAGCAAUGUCAAUUUCUGCAAGACACUCCUUACCAUGACAAUCCUCGGCUAUCCUAGCCCUACGAUUAUUGCUUGGGAAGACAAGGACCAAGCCAAAGGCCUCUUAGGAGGAGGUUCGCAUUUCGCCAAGAUCACCCGAACUUUGGACUAUAUCAACGACCCUGCGCGUCGAAGUCAGCCUGGAUUUGAUGACGAGCUAGUUUUUAUGCUUGAUGCCUAUGAUAUCUGGUUUCAGCUGCCGUUGAAUAUACUGCUAUCCCGCUACGACGCAAUCAUCGAGGAAGAAAACGCCCGCGUCGCCCAUCGUAUGGGUCGAGCCUACAACAACGAAGGCAUCAGCUCCAAAAUCGUCUUCGGUGCGGGCAAGCGAUGUGCGCCCAACUUGCUCAACUCUGUGUCCUGCUAUCCCGUGCCUGAAUCACCGCUCCCGAAUGACAUUUAUGGAGGCAAUACGGAUACCCUCAUCGGAAUCAACCAGUGGGCCAGUUUUCGGACACGCUAUCUCAACUCGGGAUACACCAUUGGGCCCGUGGGUGAGAUGCGCCGCGUCCUUGAGAGGGCGCUGGAGAAGUUGAAGGAGUGCCAGAAUCGAAAGGGAGCCUCGUUUGAUGACGAGUCAGGGGCUUCUGAUUUCUGCUAUCACGGCAGUGAUCAGAGCAUCUUUGUUGAGAUGUUUGGCGAGCAGGAGUAUUACCGGGAGGUUAUGCGACGACACCACCGAACUGGAAUGGACGACAUGCUCGACAAAGUUGUGCCAGGACGAGCGGGUUCAAAACCUCCUCCUACUGAUGUUCAACAAGCCCCUGUAAAAGAUCGUCUGGAGCCAGAGUUCACUCACCAGCGGUACAACAAGACGCAUCUCCCUGACAAGCCUUUCGAAUUCGGCAUUGCCCUGGACUACUGGUCUCUGCUAGGCCAUCAGACGUCCAAUGCUCUCACCGAUGCAAGAUAUAUUCGCCACAGCCGUCUGUUGAAGCCCCAGGUCGGCAAACAGGGCAAGUUUGAAUGCGUGCCCAAAGCCGACAGACUGCCUCUCCCACUAGAUUUACCUGGCAACCAACAACUCCCAUGGCUUGCUGGAAGUCUGCCAAAUGAAUGGGAGACGAUGCCGCUCUACACAGAGAUAUGUAUCGGCACCGUUCCUGUCAUGAUCCACCACAACUCUGUGGAAAAGCAUCACCGAGAGGAGCAGUGGAACCAGACCUGGUGGCAUGGCAGAUCGAGGAUGCUGCUGGAGGAACGACGCAAAGAGGGCGUGCCUCAGCUGCUUGAGGGCAUUCCCACAGAUAAGGGAAGUGUUGUGCUGUGGGAAGAUUUGUGUCCUAAGCGGACAGAGAAGGAAUGGUUUAGAGAGGCUGAGCCUAAAAAGACUGAGGCUGUAAAACCUGAGGCUGUAAAACCCGACGCUACAUAA